GCGCCUCUGCUCACGGUCCUGUAACGCUUGUGCCAGUUUUCUUUCGCAAGGGCUCCAGAGAAGAAGCAGAAGGGGGAUUGCGCAGGAGGUCGAAACGAAAGAAUUUUGUACCCGAUUUCGGGGUUCGGACCGCAUUUUGUGCGGAACACGGAAAACUGUUGCGCGACGUAAUAGUAGAAAUUCAAUGGCCGAAAAGUCAGGAAAGACAGCGUGGUUUGGAGACGCGCAUCGGAAAGUAGGUUCGAUUUGGCGGACAUAAGAAGAAAGAAGGAGGUAGGAGAGAGGUAUAUAGAGGAAAGAAGAAGAAAAAGAAAAAGAGAGGUGCGUGAGGGGACGCGUCGUCGUGUGUCGUCGUGCGGUGAGAGGUGAGGCGACGGCGGCGUGGUGAAAGCUCGAACUAGAGAAAAAUUCGGCGGUAACCGGUAGCAAAGUAAAGCUACCAAGGUGUUCCGAAGUGCAGCAGCAGCGGCCCAGGAUGCUGCCCGACGGAGCAAGAAGAUGGCCGUGAUCGGCGAGCAGAGGUAUUACACGGCGGUCCGUGCGAACGCGUACACGGAGUUUUCGUGUCGUAGGUGCGAGGCGGUACGUUCAGCGACGACACCUACGUCGCCGUCCUCCUCGUCCUCGUCGUCCUCGACUGUACCUUCCCGUCAUCGCCGACAGAGGAAAAAGCUACACUCUGUACAGUUAGCUAUGUCCUCUUCACGAGGUAGCGGCCCGGAAUCGGGAGAACUGAGCGAUUCUGAGGACGGUUAUUUGGAUACAGAUCCGUUGAGGUAUGAGUUGAGAAAUAUACAAAAUGUGAUACACGUCACUCGACAAAACAUUGACGCUCUAAACAAUCGGUUUGCUGGAUUCCAACAUCCACCAUCGAUAUAUUUAAAUGAAUAUCAAGAGUUAACUAGCAAGUUGCAUGAUUUAGAAUCUAAGGAACAGAAGCUCAAUGAAUUGUUGAACGCUGGUCGAGUAUCUGGUAGUGCUUCCACGUCAGAGAGUGAAUCUCGUGAUGCUAAUACAUCUGCAUCAAGAGGUCAAAGAACUCCAAUGAAAUCUCUGCUCAGGGCAUAUUUACCUAAUCAACAGCGUACAAGUGUACAGGUUCGUGAAGGACUUUCGUUAAGAGAUGCACUUGCCAAAGCAAUGAAAUUAAGGAAUUUGACUACGGAAAUGUGCGUUGUAUAUAUUUUGGGUACAGACAACUCGAAAUAUCUUACUUCUUGGGAUACAGACAUCUCGUUGCUUGACUGCGACGAAAUAUCUGUGGAAAUUUUGGAUAAGUUUCCAAUAACUACUUCCAUUUCUCAUAACUUUGUGCGCAAGACUUUCUUCUCAUUAGCAUUUUGUGAAUGUUGUAGAAAACUCCUUUUUCAAGGCUUUUACUGUAGAACAUGCAAUUAUCGAUUUCAUCAAAGAUGUGCUGGUGGUGUACCUGCUUUGUGCCACCAAGUACGUAUGCAGGAUGCUUAUUACCAAGCAUUACUAGCACAUAACCUUGAAAGUACCGCCGGGAUAUUGCAACUUCCUUCAGGAUAUGGAUUAAGUAGAAGCAUGUCCCCGUCUCUGGCUCCAUCGAGAAGCCAGAGGCAUCCUCGUUCUUUGGGACAACAAGAUCGUUCCAGCUCUGCGCCUAAUGUUUGUUUUAAUAUGGUGAAACCAAGCGGAGAAUCUGUUAACUUAGAUGAAUACAGUAGAUCUCAGAGUUUAGGUCGUCCCAUUGGUAUCAUGCAAAGCGCAGUAUCGCCAGGUAGUAGCCCAACGAAACAUAGUCAGUCAACACAGGCUAGUCCUACUAGUACUUUAAGGCCGAAAAGACCAAGAGCAAGAUCAGCCGAUGAAUCAUCCAAAAAUCUUUUAGCACCUAGAGAAUCUAUAGAGGAUUGGGAAAUUCCAGCAGAUGAAAUCUUAAUUGGAGCUCGCAUUGGAUCAGGUUCUUUUGGAACAGUAUACAAAGCUCAUUGGCAUGGUCCUGUAGCUGUAAAAACGCUUAAUGUCAAAAUACCUACUGCUGCUCAGUUACAAGCAUUUAAAAAUGAAGUUGCAGUUUUACGUAAGACACGGCAUGUAAAUAUCCUUUUGUUCAUGGGAUGCGUUAGCAAACCACAACUGGCUAUUGUUACCCAAUGGUGCGAAGGUUCUUCUCUGUAUAAACAUUUACACGUAUUCGAGACAAAGUUUGAUUUAUUCACACUGAUAGAAAUUGGAAGACAAACUGCACAGGGCAUGGAUUAUCUACAUGCAAAAAAUAUCAUUCACAGAGAUUUAAAGAGUAACAAUAUAUUUCUGCACGACGAUCUUACUGUAAAGAUUGGAGAUUUUGGCUUGGCUACAGCAAAAACUAGAUGGUCCGGUUCUCAACAAUUCCAUCAACCAACCGGAUCUAUCCUCUGGAUGGCACCAGAAGUCAUAAGAAUGCAAGAAGAAAAUCCAUACAGUUUUCAGUCUGACGUUUACGCAUUUGGCGUUGUUUUAUUUGAAUUACUAUCCGGUCAAUUACCAUAUUCGCAUGUUAAUAACAAGGAUCAGAUAUUAUUUAUGGUUGGACGUGGAAAUUUACGUCCGGAUUUAAAUAAAUUGCGUUCAGAUACUCCCAAGGCACUGAAGAGACUGACAGAAGAUUGCAUCAAAUUUUCUAGGGAGGAUAGACCAAUAUUUCGUCAAAUUUUAGCUAAUUUAGAAGGUCUUUCACGAGGAUUACCUAAAAUAACAAGAUCAGCAUCUGAACCAAACUUAAAUAGGACGCAGCUACAAUCAGAUGAUUUUGUAUACACUUGUGCUUCGCCAAAAACUCCAGUGAAUUUUCAGUUUGGAGCAUUUUCCUUUUAUCCUUCCGGUGGGAACAUAUAAAAGUAUUACCCGAAGUAACGAGUCUGAUGCAAUUUGCAUAAAAUUAAAAAUAUUAAAAAAAAAAUGGAAACGAAAUCAUAAUAAACUUAGCUACGAACAAUCUAUUCGCGAUUCUUUACAACUACACUUUGACUGUGUUGCAACUGUUCGCUCGAUGUAGAAUGUGAUUAUACAAUACUUAAUGCAACUAAUAUAAAAAGGAAAAAAAAUAUAAGGACACAAAAAUUCAUCUUAUUAAUUGACGUAUCCGAUGUAUUUCAUGGCAAGAACGCAUAUGUAGCUUUUACCUUUACAUACUUACCAAGUAUCUAUGAAAAAAGGACAUUUAUUUAACGAGUUAUUGUUCGCGUGCAUAAACGCGUAUUCGUAAACAAGUGUAUACACGCACGAACGAGCGCACGUGUACGCGUGUUGGUGUAGAGGUCUAUACUUUCGUGGAAUCCUUAUGAAGGAUGUAAAAAUUAAAUAACGGCCCGAUCAACAGUAACUAAUCAUAUAGGGGAAACGUAUGCGGAUUGCGAGUUAUAAAGAGGUAUAAAGAGCGAAAAAGAAAAUUAAUAGAGUGAACUUUUCGACUUGCGUAUCGUAUAAUUUAGGGGAACGCGCAGUAGUGAAAAAGAGAAAUUAGUGAAACUUUAUUCGAUGGGCGUCUGAAGCACGCUUACGCGAUCGAUGAUAAACCAUACCGACUACGUAACAUUUUGCAUCAUUGAUUCGCGGGCGUAUCCUAAAAUUUAACAUCGAUGCGACACUCGUCAAACCGUGACAUGUUUCCGAAACAUAUAAAUAGGCCUAAGAGGGAAUCUUCGAAAUUUCACUAGUUAAAACGAGUGAUAUCUUGUUUCUAAAGCACGUGGUAUUCCGAUUUACUAUUUAUUUAUUUAUGUAUAAUCCAAGUGUGAUGAAAUGCAAUUAAAAAGCAACAAAAAAAAAAAAGAAAAAGAGGAAAAAUGCUAAUAAAUAAGUGCUGGAUUUUAACAUUUUGUCGAGAGUGCAUGAUUGCGAGGAACAGUGAAUAUGUGAAUCAUAGGAAAAGAGAAAACGUGUUCAAGUGUGCAAGAGAGCGAGAAAAGAGAGAAUGUAUGUAAAAACGACGAUGAGGACGGAACGAAAAUUACCGAUGAACACGUUCACCGGAAUAAAGGAACGCACUUGUCAUUGUUAAUGACGCUUUCUCGUAACAGGGAAAUAGCGAACCGUGAAACAUAAUUAAUGAUGUUACAAAAAUAUUAUUAAAUGAAAAAAAAAAAAGAGAUAUGUAAAAGAGGAGGAUGUCGUGCAAGGUGCGGGGGAUAGCUCUUUUUAAAUGGCUUUCCGAGAUCUUUUAUAGUGCAAUUUUCUAGAUAUGAUAAAAUCUUCGAGUGAUACGAAUGGAUCCUCUACGAUGUACAAUGGUUAGGCUGUAUAAUAUAUAGAAGUAAAAAACCUACUCCUGCAUUUUUUUUACUUGCUUUUUACACUUUAAACCAUUUUGUUCUUGUGAUACGAUAUAACUUGAAUUAGGUCUUGACGAAGUGUGCUAAUAUUUAACCAAUGAUGUAAAAUACUCUCAUUUUUCUUUAAUUUUAGUUUUUACACUUUAAUUUAUUGUGAAGGCUAGUAAGAUAGUGUGAAUAAAAAGUGUUUAUUUAGAUAUGUGUAAUGUGUAACGCACGUGAACAGAUGAUGAAUACAAAGACAAGAGAAAGCAAACGGUAGAAUUUGCGACCCUCGCGCUCUGCGUCCUCCUUAAUCAAUCUUCCUGUAUGUCACUAUCAAAUUUUAGAAUAUUAUUUUCUCGGAAGACAUUCCUCUGUAUAUUGCUUUAAUGUAUAUCGUACAUGUAGAAGGGUUUGUAUGCGGUUGCAGAUUAUCGAAUGUGUUUUUGUGUCGACCUGAACACCGAGAAACAUAUUACGUUAUGUACAUUUUAAAAUUAAUGGCAGUUGGCUCUUCGAAGCGUAGAAUCAAAUCGGAAGUGACGAAAGCGAUAAGUGAAACUGGCUUAAAAACGUUCAAAAUGUACGAUCUAAUUUAAAUUAUCUAGCGUUUGCAAAGAACGGAACGAAAAAGAAUAUUAAAGAAGAGAAAUGUAACAGCUCUUGAUCUACGAAUCUUCUUAGAGUUAACUUUAACACGUCAAUGAAAUUGGUGAUUUUGAUUGAUCCGAAAGAUCGAUGAGGUUAGUUUCGAACAAAGUGGAACUUCUCCGCUUCCAGAAAUAUGUCUUGUAUAUCGGCAUUGUUAACUGUGUUAUGAAUAAGUGAAUUAUCGAACAUUUUGCUCUCUUCGAAUUCUACUACGAAUCUCAAUCGGGUUUGACACGAAAAAACGAUCGGAUGGCAGAUUUUUCGUUUGAUUGACAGACGUCGCAUGGCACGUAUUGUAAUAGGAUUUCGGCUUCGUUUUCGUCAUAUUAUGCUGAAGCUGCUAUCGAGUGAAAUGUAUGUCUUGUAACGAGAUAGCGUGGCUGAGAUUCGAGAUACUUAAUGCGAUCGAUCGUCACGAUCGAUUGAUCAUUGUAUUCAACCGAAGAAGCUGGCAAAAAAAAAAAAAAAAAAAUGAAAAAAAAAGAAAAGAAAAGAAGCAAAAAUAAAAAGUUGACUCUUCAUGUAAUAAGUUUCGUUCUUCUUCUAACGGAGUUUCGAUAUAUUUUAUCAACUAGCCUAGUAUAUUGACGUUGAAAGUAAUAUGCUAUUGAUAAAACUUGCGCGUGUUUGUGGAUACAAAAAACCAUUUGCAAUCUUUAUCAUUGCUUCUUGGAUGGGACUCGGGAAGCGACGCAAUAACGACACUUCAUCGUAUCAGUACUGUUUCAUGUAUCCUUAAUCAGAAUAUAUUGAAUACAACGUUUACGAGUGAUAAUUUUGUACGAUCGAGCAUUUCAAUUAAUGUACAAUUCACUUUAAUUUGUAUUACACGAGUUAUAUCGGGAGUCGAUCGGACGUGUUAUUUGUUUCGUUUAGAAUCAUAUGCUUCUUGAUAUGGUGAGUAGAUGUACUCACUGAUCCGUGUUAACGAUAUUACCUCGGCAAACAAUUGAGAUUACUAAAAAUUUGAUCGGAUAAUUGUCGUCUUCGAAAUUAGAUGUAGUAUCAGUGAGCAUUAUAUAAAUAAAAGUUAAAUGUCAUUGAUCGAAUCAAAA